CGUCGAUCGACGCGUUCGUCAUGAGGCUGCCUCGCGCGCCCCUCGUCGCGAUCGUCCUCCUCCUCCUGCUCGCCGUCUCCGGCGCGUCGCGCGUCCACGCGGACGACUUCGACGAGGAUUUCGCGCCGCCGACGCGCACCGCGCGCGCGAACGCGAACGCGAACGCGGCGACCGCGCCGCGAUCGCGCGCGUCGGCGGGGGGGUCGAACGACGACGACACCUCCGGCGCGGCGUCCGUGGCCACGACCAAGGGCGCCGGCGGCGCCGGCCGCGGCGUCGAGGACAUCACCUUCGUCCUCGAGCACGCGCUCGCGGUGAGACCGGGCGACGUCUCGGACGAUGACUUCGCCCCGUGCGGCGUCUUCUCCGCGCGCGCGCACUUCGAGAGAUCGUCAUCCGCGGCGGCGGCGGACGACGACGUCGCCGUCGCGCGACUGACGCGGCUGCAGCUGACGCGCGAUCCCGUCGACGCGUCCUUCGCGGCGGCGUUCGCGAAACUCGUGGAGGACGACCUGCCGUACCGCGUGCGCGUCCCCGCGAACGUGCUGCACCCGCGGAAGGGCGUCGGCGUGAUGGCGUCGAUUCCCGCGCGGUGCCUCGCCGACGCGCAGCUCCAGGAAAACUUCGCGCUCCACGCGGACGAGCUCGGCAACGUCGUCGGCGUGGACUACGCGACCAUGGGCGGCGACUGCGCCCCCAAUGGAGAGAGAGAGAUCACGCCGCUGGGCGCGAACCCGGUGUUCCGAACGACCGCGGCGGUGCGGCAUCACAAGACCGCGCCGAGGUUGGACCCGAGGGCGGGGACGGACGUGCGCGGCCACGGCGGACCGGGCGCGAAGAAGGAGCGCGACGCGGAUGGCAACGUCAAGAAGAAGCCGCCGCCGUCGCCUUUCAUGGCGAAGUACUGGAUGUACGUGCUCCCCGCGAUGUUCUUGCUGAGUAACGUUUUGAACCCGCCGCCGCCGCCGAAGAACAAGGCGAGCUGAAGAAGAGUGCGAGCGAGCGAGCGAGCGAGAGAGAGAGGGCUUAUUACGUGUACACGUGUUAUAACAACAGAGUCAGUCGUCGACG